GAAGCGUUUUACGUGAUUGGUAAAACCUUGACGCGCAUUAGCCAGCUGGAUGGGAGGAAAAGGAGUCUGGUGAAGACAAACAUGAACAAGCUGAAGUCCUCACAGAAGGAUAAAGUUCGUCAGUUCAUGAUUUUCACUCAAUCCAAUGAGAAGACUGCAGUGACCUGCCUGUCACAGAAUGACUGGAAACUAGAUGUUGCCACGGACAAAUUUUUCCAAAAUCCAGAGCUCUAUGUUGCAAAUCUAAGGGGAGCUUUAGACAAGAAGAAGCUCGAGCAGCUUUACAACAGAUACAGAGAUCCUCAUGAUGACAACAAGAUAGGCAUUGAUGGGAUCCAGCAGUUCUGUGAUGACCUGGGACUGGAUCCAGCCAGCAUAAGUGUCCUCCUCAUAGCCUGGAAGUUCAGGGCAGCGACACAGUGCGAGUUCUCAAAACAGGAGUUCAUGGAUGGCAUGGCAGAACAGGGUUGUGACAGCAUAGAGAAACUAAAAGCCCAGCUGCCAAAGAUGGAGCAAGAGUUAAAGGACCAAGGGAAAUUUAAGGACUUUUACCAGUUUACGUUUAAUUUUGCAAAGAAUCCUGGCCAGAAAGGUUUGGAUUUAGAAAUGGCAAUUGCAUAUUGGAAUUUAGUACUGGCUGGAAGAUUCAAGUUCUUGGACUUGUGGAACAAAUUUUUAGUUGAACACCACAAAAGAUCAAUUCCUAAGGACACUUGGAAUCUCUUACUAGACUUCAGCACAAUGAUCACAGAUGACAUGUCCAAUUAUGAUGAGGAAGGAGCGUGGCCUGUUCUUAUUGAUGACUUUGUAGAGUUUGCACGGCCACACAUCGGGACCAAAAGCACGGCAGUUUAAGAGCUGCUCUCACGGAAGGAACACCCAAAGUGAGAUUUCUACGAAAUGCAGAAGUAGAUGAGUGGAGGACAAGAAGACCACACUGAGCUGAGAACUAUGUUGCCUUUUCAACCCUCAGGACUGAAAUAUUUUACACAGCAGAGACUUUAUAUACAUAUGUGUGUAUUUACAAAUAUAAAAAGGCAUAUCUCUUUGUUGGUCAACUUGUCAUGGUUUGGAACGUUAAUUUAAAGUAUUGGGCAUUUGUGUGCGCUCAAGCCAACUGGAAAAUGGAGUCACUAUCUUGGCCCCUGUGGUUCAUUGAGAUGUUGGAGCUCAAAAGGAGGCAGAUAGAUGCACUUGAACUGUAACAUUAACACGAGGGUUCACCAGGGGACUUUGUUCUUUAAAUAUUCAAUUUAAUUUUAAUACUAGUGUGCAUUCCUGAUUUUCUUUUAUGAUACAUUUGUGUGACAAGUCAGUAUAAAACAUUGAUUGUAAUUUUUUUAAGCAUAAUGCUGUUUGUUUAAACACAAACAUAUAAAGAUAAAAUAAAUGUUUCAAUUUGGUAUCUUUAAA